AGGUUUGUGGGAGUGAGUCAAAGGCCAUCCGGGAGAUGGGUUGCAGAGAUCAAAGACACAAUACAUAAGAUCAGGGUAUGGUUAGUUACCUUCGACACCACUGAAGAAGCUGGAAGAGCUUAUGACGAAGCCGCCUGCUUACUUCAUGGUGCUAACACGAGGACCAAUUUCUGGCCUUCUGUUUAUCCUUAUAUUGCAGUAGCAAAUCCAGAUAUUUGUCCUGCAUUUCAGAAUAAACUUUCUGUUUGCCCAUCCAUAUUGAAGAAGCAAAUUAUUCCCACAGGGAGAUUAUUAUGUACUAGCUAG